AUGUUUGAUUCCAAUCCAGGAAACACACAAUCUACUUUGGGAGGGGUUGGUUUCAACAUUCAUUUGGCUCAUACGUACUCUUCUGACACUCCUUCAAGGUUGGUUUCAAUAGUUGGAGAUGACAUCCCUAGUUCAGCUCUCCUUUCGCAAUUAAAAGAAAGAAAUUCUGAUGUUUCCGGAAUUAAACAUGUUCAAGGAUCUACUGCUCAGUAUACAUCUAUUCAUAAAAGUAAUGGUGAACUUAUUAUUGCAUGUGCUGAUAUGCAUAUAAUUGAGAGCGACUUCUCUGAUCACAUUAUCAAGCAAAUUCAAAGAGCCAAUCCUAAAAACAUAGUUCUCGACUGCAAUUUACUGCAGACUGUGAUACGGAGCAUCUUGGAAUUUAUUGAAGAAAACCUUAAAGACUGUAGUGUUAUUGUGGAACCAACGUCGGCUCCUAAGUCAAAGAGACUUGCGAUAAUACCAAAAAGAGUUUAUCCUAAUAAUUUUGUUAGACUAAUUACCCCUACAAAGGCAGAAUUGAUGGCUAUAUUUGAGUCAUUUCAGUCGAAAGGUUUCUUUGAUGACUAUGAUGAAUGGUUUCCAGUCAUUGAUUCGCUAGGUGUCGACACUCAAUUUAGGGAAAAGCUUUUAUCCAAGAAUGUCUUGAAACCCUUAAUAAGUGACGGAAUUCUUCAGCAGGCUAUUAAUUUGCUUCCCUACUUUCAAAAUGUUCUUAUAAAGUUGGGGAAACAAGGAGUUCUUUUGGUAAGUAUAUCUGAAAAUGUGGAGGAUUUUGCAUCAAUCCCUACAACCUCGAAAUACAAGCCUGAUUUCACGAUUAUUUCUAAGGGAGGGCCAUUAGGAAUUGUCGUUCAAUACUUUGAUAUUCCUAAGGAAAAUAAAGACAUAGUCAUUCAAAAUGUUUCAGGAGCCGGUGAUGCUCUCUUGGGUUUCUUGAUAUCAAGACUUCAACCAUACAAUUGGUUAUCACUGACAACUGAAUCUGCAGAACAAGAGUGGAAUAAAUGGGAGGCCAUAUAUAAAGCUCAAUUAGCUAGUGGCUUCUCUCUAGUGAGCAAGUGUCCUAUAAAUGAGGACAUGAAAUCUUUAAAUAGCUCAUAUGACUCUAAAUAG